AUGAAGCUCCUCUCCGCCCAUCUGCUCCUCCCCUUCCUGGCCGUGGCCAUUGCCGCUCCCAGCAUGCUCCCCACCUCACCAAAGGCAUGCACCGACCUCACUGCCUUCAACACAGCCAUAACCCCCCUCCUCAACAUCUCCCUACCCCCCGAGACCCCCGAGGUCCUCCUCUCAGACCUCCAGCCGCGCAUAGCCGCCCUCUCCACCUUCAUGCAAGGAUACAAAGAUCUUAUGACAACAUUCGUCGAUGCGACCUGCACUGAUACCGCCGGGAAUAUUGCCCGUCUUCGCUCGCGGCAGGGCGGUGAAAUGACCUGCUCGAUGCUGGAGGAGAUGGCCCAGGCCCAAUCUGAGGCUCAAGGUCUUGGGUCACAAGCCAUGGCUGAGGCUACGGACGCGUUUAUGGAGGGUACUAACGCGCAGGGGCAAGCCAUGGCCCAGGCUAUUGAAGACAUGCAGAGUGCGGCUGGAUGUUAG